AUGUUCAUUGCCGACCCCGAAGUCGCUUCCAAGUACUUGACGACCGGCCAAUCACUGCCAAAAUCGCGACUCACGACGGAUUUCCUGACAAAGCUCCUGGGAGCCAACAAUAUGGUCGGCUUGGAAGGCCAGGCCUGGAAAUCCCUCCGAUCUAUCUUCAACCCAGGCUUCUCCGCAAGCCAUUUGAUCACAUUAGUGCCCUAUGUGGUUGACUCCAGCCUGGUGUUCCUCGAUCUGCUUCUCGAAAAGGCAAAAACCAAUGAGCUUGUUGAACUUGAUCCCUUGUCAAUAGGAUUUGCCAUUGACAUUAUAGGCAAAGUGGUCAUGGACUCGGAUUUUGACAGUCAGAAACGCCCGCACCCAAUCGUCACGACGUUUCGGAAGCAAGUGGAGAUGAUGCCGAGUGCCGCUAGUAUUGGACCGCUCGACGACAUCAAUCUCAUCCGUCCUAUUCGUCUUUGGUUGAACGCAAAGAAACUUGACUCCCUGCUUGGUGCCGAGAUCGACAAGAAGAUUGCUGCUCGGAAGACGCUGCAGGAGUCUAACGGGUCCACCAGCACGGAAAAGCAAAAGAAAGACCGCAAGCGCUCAAUUGUGGACCUUGCUCUUGAUGCAUACGAGAAAGAGGUCGCAGCCAGUGCCAAAGAGGGUAGCAGCGGUAUGACGAGCUCGUUCCGCACGAUGGCCAUCGACAGCAUCAAAACUUUCAUCUUCGCUGGCCAUGACACCACCAGCUCGACGAUUUCAUACAGCAUGUACCUCCUUCACCUCCACAAGCACGUCUACACUAAGAUCGUAGCGGAGCUCGACUCUGUCUACGGCAAAGACAUCACCGCAUCUGAAAUGGGCGAGCUCAUCAAGUCUGACCCGCACAGCAUAAAUAAACUGGAGUAUCUAGGUGCUGUCGUAAAGGAAGUCCUCCGCAUCUUCCCACCUGCGUCAACUAUCCGUGAAUUAAAACGCCCGGGUGAAGUCGCCUCGGUAAAGGAAAAGAUCGUCAUUGAUCCGUCAACUGGCAAAGAGUGUCCAAUGGUGGGCUUUGACAUUUGGCCAGUCGCGCACAUGAUUCAUCGAAACGAGGCAUAUUUCCCAGAACCAUUGAAAUUCAUUCCCGAACGCUUCAUCCCCUCUCAAACACCCUUCCCAGACUGCAAAUUACACACCCCCGCGGGCAAAGACGCGUGGCGACCAUUUGAAAAAGGUCCCCGGAAUUGCAUCGGCCAGGAACUCGCCAUGAUGGAGGCCAAGGUUGUUAUCGCUCUCGUGAUCAGAGAGGUGGACUUCACGGCAGAGUUCUAUGGAGCGAAGAUUGAGGAGGGGGAUUGGAAGCCCGUGGAGACGAAAGAUGAGUUUGCAGAUGGCCUAAGCGGGGAGAAGAGGUUGAGCGUAGAAGGACACAAGCCCUAUCAAGUGUUGAUGGGGGCGGCGAGGCCUAGGAACGGAAUGAGUGGGAGACUGAAGUUGAGGAGGUAA